AUGGCGACGUGCGCGUGCUGCGGCAUCGGGGAGGAGUGCACGGCGCGGUACGUGGCCCGGGUGGCCGCGCAGUUCAGCGGGGCGUGGGUGUGCGGCCUCUGCGCGGAGGCCAUCAAGGACGAGGCCGCGCGCCGCGGCGUCGGGCUCGAGGCCGCCGCGCGCGCGCAGGCCGAGUUCGUCCUGAGCGCCGCGGCCGCAGCAAGGUCCGGACCCGCCGUGCAGGUCUCGCAGGCCCUGCUCCAGCUGCUCAAGAAGUUGCUCGCCGCGGCGCCGGGCGCCGCCGUUCGUCCGCCUGCCGCGCCGUCUGGGCACACGACGUGA